AUGUCGUUUUUCAGGGAGGUUCAGGAAGGUAAUGCUGAUGAUGGUGGAGGAGAGAAAAUAAAGACAAGUCUCGGAGUAAAGAAAUCAAUUAAUAUUCUCACCUCUCGAUAUAUUAAAAAUCAUUUGAAGGAAAAGAAGGAAUUUGAAAAGGAAAAGAGGAAAAUAUUUAGAUAUUUAUUGCAGUAUCAUUAUAUUUCUCUCCAAUUAAUGAUGGAAACUAAUUUAUAUAGAGGGAAGGAAUUGAAAUCAAUUUAUGAAAUUGAUUCUUCUAAUUUAUACUUAUUGGCUCUUAAAUAUCAAAAACAAAGGCUUUAUUUGAAACUCAUGUACUUUAUGACAGAGUUGAAUUAUUACUCGGAUAUAUUACAAUUGUUGGAUUCUAAUCAUAUCCAUGCAGAGUCUACCUUGAUGAGUCUUGUAGAAAGGAAAAUUAAGGCACACGAAAUUAUGAGUCAUACUAAUGACUGA